AUGUUUUUCAAAACAUUUCUAAAUUCUUCCGGUGGCAGCCGCCCACUCUGGGAAUGUCGUCGCAAUCAAAUUCGUCACCGCCUUCGUCGAGAUGGUGAGCGAGAACAACGACCUCGAGGUAAUGAACCAUCACUACCACAACAACCACUUCAACGACAACAACAAACCCAACCACAAGAUCAACAACAACAACAACAACCACCACCCCCUCCAAAACAUCGUGCCUAUUUGUCGAUACCGCCAUCAAAUAUUUUUGUUUCAAUCUGGCUUGAAUCGAAUAGUGAGAAGUCUACAACCACUCAAAGAAAGUCUUCUCAUUGGAUAUCGAGUGUACUCCAACUUCUUUUCGCUGCCAUUUCAUCGGGUGGAUUCGUAGGCACUUGUUGGUGCAGUAUCAAAUGUCUUCGAAACGGUUGUGCAUUCAAACGUGCCUGGGUGACACCAAAAUCGGUUGCUGAAUAUAAACGGCGAAAACAAAUACAAAAUGAUCAAAUUGUACAUUAUCAACCAUCAACAAUUACUCAAUCCAUUUCCAACUCACUGUCGUCUCAAGCUUUAUGA